GCCUGGCUCUGCUGUGUGGGGCCGAGUAUGGCCGAAGGAAGGGUAGCUGUGUGCUCUGAGGAGGGGCUGCACCUCCCUGCAGAACACGGGCCCUGAUCUGUCAUCGGGGUCGAGGGAAGCCGAGGUCCCCGCAGGCCUGUGCAGCUUCUAGCCCCAGGCUUCCUGCCCCCCGACCAGCUCCAGCACCAGACGGGACCAGGGCUGGGCAAGGAAGCAGAGAGGCCCAGGAAAGCAGAAGCGGACACGGGAAAGCAAGCCCUCUGUGGGAGGCUGGCCCUUGUCCACACGGAGGGCUUGGUGGGGCUGCCCUUGGUGGUGUCUGUGCUGGAGCAAUGACCCUGAGGGUCUGGGCCACAUGGCUGCCCUCUGCUCUGUUCCUCCUCCAGGCCACAGGCUGCUGGUCCCUGAGCGGCCCCCACACCGUGAGGGGCACCGUGGGGGGAUCCCUGAGUGUGCAGUGUCGGUACGAGGAGGAGAAAUUCAGAGAAAAUAACAAAUACUGGUGUGAAAGCCCAUGUCUGCGUCUGCUGAAGAAGAAGAUCGUGGAGACCACGAGGUCAGAGAGAGAAGUGAGAAACGGCCGCGUGUCCAUCAGGGACCAUCCAGCAAACCUCACCUUCAUCGUGACCUUGGAGAGACUCACAAAGCGUGAUGAAGGCAAAUACUGGUGUGCGAUCGAUGCAUCACUGAGCCAAAGAAUUCUGGACCCCAAAUUCGAGGUUGAGGUGAUUGUGUCCCCAGCCCCCACACCCACACGGAAGAUCUUCACCAGCACCCUGGGCCCGCCCUCCUCCUCCCUGCCAGCAACCACCUUGCUCUAUACGACGAGGCCGGAGACCCCCGAUCCCCACCAGCACCCCCGGUGGGGCGACCUGUGCAUGUGGAAGGCUGAGGACACACCCUUCUCCUGGGCCUGGGGCCCACCUGAACCCCCGGGUCUAAUGGCAGCGCUUCCCCGUGUCCACAGUCCCAAUCCUCAAGGGCAGCUGCUGGCCGGAGAGGGCCCUGCUCAGCAGCGUCCACUUCCUGCUCCUGGUCUUCCUGAAGCUGCCCCUGUUCCUGAGCAUGCUGGGGGCUGUCCUCUGGGUGAACAGGCCUCAGCGGGGCUCUGCAAUGGGUGGGCCGCCUCAUUCUGAGAACCAGUAACACCUGUUGUCACUGAUGCUCUGGCCAAGGACACAGCCCCGGAUGGGAAUGACCUUGUGACUAAUAAAUCCAAUAUCACUGUC